CAGCCGCUGACCUUAGCCGGAUUCUGGCUGUUACCGCGGCCCACGGACGCGUGGAUGGUCGGUUUUCACCUUCUCUUCCGCCGACAUUCGGUGCGGCCCUGGGAGCUCGCCGUCCGCCUUCGCCAUCCGCCGACUGUUUGCCGGAGACAGUGAACCAGGAUAGAUACGGAGAAUGGCCGGGAUAAAUACUUCAGCUUCAAAUUCAGAUGCAGAAACAAAUCCUGACCCACUGCCUCCUUGUGUGAAUCCUGGAAAUCCUGUCUUUUCCUGCAUGUUGGACCCCAAGAAACUCCUUACCGCUACUUCCCUAUCAGAACCUAAGAUGAUUCUGUAUAAAACCAAUUCAAGUGAUUAUGGUGAAUUUUUACCAAUACCACAGUUUUUUCCCUGCAAUUACAAUCCAAGGGGGUAUGCAUUUUCAAGUCAAAUCAGCAGUACUGGGUUUUAUCAAAAUAAUUCUCUGAAUACUGGACCCGACAGAACCAGAACCCUUGAUUUCCCUAAUUUUCAACACACUAUAUGCCACUGAGUUAAUUAAAAAUGAGUUAAAUCUUUGUUACCUAAUUUGGAAAUGUGAAGACUGGAAUUCUAGAACAUUUUGAGAAAUAAAGUAU